AUGGGCAGUACUGCCGAGCACCCGCGGCGGGUGGAGCAAGUUUCUGAACGGCCCGGGAAGGAGGGGACGAAGGAGGCCGGGCCCGGAGGGAGAGCGCAUUGGGCAGAGGAGGAUCGCGAGCGCCCACUGCUGUCCGGCCCGCUUGGGUGCCACCCCGAGUCCGGCCCGCUAGGUGCCUGGUGCUCCACUCUGUGCUCAGCUGCUCCGCACAGCCCCGCCUGGCACGCAGCUCCAACGGCGGGUCCCGGAGUAGUCGGUCCCACCCACCCGGUGCGGCGGCCCCUCGGGUUUCGGUCCAAGGGAAAGGACCAGCGCUCCAGGAAGGUGACCCACCUUAGACGCUGGCGCUCCUUCCGCCCCGCGGGAAGCAGGAGGUUCCAUCCUCUCCAAUUCGCUCUGCAGCCGGACUGGGACCGCGGCGGCGGCCUGGGCCGGAAUCCCCGCAAGGAGCCGGCUUCAAAGAGCGCCCUGUCGCCAUUGAAUACUCCUCCUUUGGUUUCGCGUCAGAGAGUGGACGCCAAUUUGCCAGAAGAGCGCGGAAAAUUCAGCUUUUUUCUUUUCUUUUCUUUUUCUUUUUUUUUUUUUUUUUUUUUUUUCAAGUGCACUAGGAUUGCAAACGUCAGCUCUGAAAUAAAAAGCAGAGUCUUUCUGCCCCGCCGCUCUCUUCCGGAAGCUGGGAGGUUCUGUGGGAGAACCGACCUGCACCCAAUAACUCAAUUUAAGAUUUAAGGUUUUGAGGGGCGUGGAGUUGGAAUCGCCUUGGAGAAACGGGCUUGCCUGCUUACCUGAGUCAAAGCAAAUUGCCCUCAAGGGCGAACAGCAAUCAUACCCCCCAAAAACCAAAUGUACAUCAAAGUAACUUCCUUUAAAUGAGAUUUCUAUAGUUUCCAUGUCUUACAUAUUAGUAAAUAAAUAUUUGGAAGACUUAGAAUUUGUGAUUUACCUUUAAAUAUAUUACACCAACAUUGUUUAAUU